CACGUGCGGUCACCGCACCAGCCACAAUUCCAGUACACAGUGCGCUCCUAGCUCCGUCACGGGCAGCAGCGUCGCGAACCGUAGUCAGGCCCUCCGCCAAAUCUGUUAGGACAGAAGCUCCAACCCCUGCACUGCGCGGGUACUUAGGCGCCAAACCGAAGCUUGCUCCACAGCCCGCCACCAUCCGCCUACCGACGACACCUUGUCCAAUUCCCGGGCCUGCCAAACUUCUGUUCCCAGGUUACGACUACAUCGCACCAACACACAAUCGCUGGCACCGUUGUCGAGGCUGCAUUGCGGGCACACCAAUUUGAUCAUACGGACACGCGCUACUGUACCUAGUGCACGGCCGCGCUCACCAUGUCGGCUCCGCAAGACGGCUACGGCCAGUAUCCGGCCCAGCAAGCUGGGGAGCAAGCUCCGUAUCCCGAUCAAGGUUAUGCGAACCCGGCCGUUUCCCCGCCCCCGCCUGCCGGCGCACAUCACCCCGCGGACCAUGGCAAGAAAAAGAAGAGAGCAUAUGCCGCCGGCGCCUUCGAAGUUGGUGUGGGGGGGAAUGCGGUACCGGGUGGUCAGGCACAACCGGUGGGCCAGUUUGGAGCCCCUGCGCCGGCAUAUGGAGGCUAUCCGCAAACGGACGUCCAGCCCGCUGUCUACGGCGCCCAGCCACAGCAGCCCUACGGCAUGGCGCAACCAGCUCCCCUGGGAGGCUAUCCAGCUCCGGAGCCGUAUCCGGCCGCCGGAGCUCCCCCGGCGCCGGUCGGUGUCGCCGGUCUUACCUCGGGAAUGUCGGCCAUGAACCUUGGUCCCGGGCCGCAACAACCCCAGCAGCUUCCGCCGCAGGCGAGGGCCGGUCCCUUGAACCAGCUCUACCCGACCGAUCUCCUCAACCAGCCCUUCAAUGUCUCCGAGUUAGAUCUCCCUCCGCCGCCUAUCAUCUUGCCUCCGAAUACGAGCGUCACGCCUUCGCCCGAUGCGAACUGCCAUCCCAAGUACGUGCGAUCGACCUUGAACGCCGUUCCGACGACGCACUCCCUGCUCAAGAAGAGCAAGCUGCCUUUUGCCCUGAUCAUCCAACCUUAUGCGGCUCUUCAUGAUUUAGACGACCCCGUUCCCAUCGUCCAAGAUCAGGUUAUCUCGCGUUGCCGGAGAUGUAGAUCCUACAUCAACCCGUUCGUGACCUUCCUGGACCACGGUCACCGGUGGCGCUGCAACAUGUGCAACCUCACCAACGAUGUGCCGCAGGCCUUCGACUGGGACGCCGCCUCCCAGAAGACUGUUGACCGAUGGCAGCGACACGAGCUGAACCACGCCGUUGUCGAAUUUGUUGCGCCGCAAGAGUAUAUGGUCCGGCCUCCGCAACCUUUAGUGUACCUCUUCCUUUUCGAUGUCAGUUAUGCUGCCGUGUCGACUGGUCUCCUCGCCACAAGCGCCCGGACCAUUCUGGACAGCCUUAACAGGAUCCCGAAUGCCGAUCGGCGCACCCGGCUCGGCUUCAUCGCAGUCGACUCAAGCCUGCACUACUUCUCCGUGCCCAGGGACACCGACGAGAACGGGGAGACCAGCAUGCUUGUGGUCAGCGAUUUGGACGAGCCCUUCCUGCCAGUUCCCCAAGAAUUGCUAGUCCCCCUGACCGAGUGCCGCAGCAGCAUCGAGAAUUUCCUGACCAAGCUCCCGGAGAUGUUCGUCAACAACCAGAAUAACGGAUCUUGCAUGGGUUCUGCGCUUAGGGCGGGGCACAAGCUCAUCUCCCCUCUCGGAGGCAAGAUUGUGGUUCUCAGCGCAUCGCUGCCGAACGUGGGCUACGGCAAGCUCGACAUGCGCGAGGACAAGAAGUUGCUGGGCACGUCCAAGGAGAGCGGCCUGCUGCAGACGGCUAGCAGUUUCUACAAGAGCUUUGCCGUGGAGUGUUCGAAGAACCAGGUUUCGAUCGAUAUGUUCCUCUUUUCGUCCCAGUACCAGGAUGUGGCAUCGCUGAGCAACCUCCCGAGGUACACGGGUGGCCAAACUUGGUUCUAUCCGGGCUGGAAUGCCGGCCGACCCGAGGACGCCAUCAAGUUCGCUUCCGAGUUUAGCGACUAUCUCUCAUCAGAGAUCGGACUGGAAGCCGUCCUCCGUGUCCGGGCUACCACUGGGCUGCGCAUGAGCACCUUCUACGGCAACUUCUUCAACAGGAGUUCCGAUUUGUGUGCCUUCCCUGCCUUCCCUCGCGACCAGUGCUAUGUGGUCGAGGUGGCUAUUGAUGAGAAUUUGACCAAGAACGUCGUCUGCCUGCAGACAGCCGUGCUGCACACAACAUGCAAUGGCGAGCGCCGUAUCCGCGUCAUGACGCUUGCCCUGCCAACAACUACCAACCUAGCCGACGUCUACGCCUCGGCCGACCAGUGUGCCAUUACCACGUACUUCACUCACAAGGCUGUCGAGAGGGCGCUCAGUAACGGCCUCGAGUCGGCCCGAGACCUUCUUCAGAGCAAGGUCACCGAGCUCCUGCAGACUUUCAGGAAAGAAUUGGCCGGCGGCAGCAUGGGUGGCGGCCUGCAGUUCCCAUCCAACCUGCGUGGCCUCCCCGCCUUGUUCCUCGGACUGAUCAAGCAUGUGGGCCUCAGGAAGUCGGCGCAGAUCCCCUCCGAUCUCAGGUCCGCGGCUCUUGCCCUGCUGUCGACUCUGCCUCUACCCCUGCUGAUUCAGUACAUCUAUCCACGGCUGUACUCUCUUCAUGAUAUGCCCGACAACGCGGGUGUACCCGACCCCGAGACCAGCCAGAUCGUCCUCCCCCCGCCUCUAAAUCUGUCAUCCGAGAGGUUUGUCUCGUACGGCCUCUACCUCAUCGAUGACGGCCAGACACAGUUCCUCUGGGUCGGGCGUGAUGCUGUACCGCAGCUUCUCAUCGACGUCUUCGGCGUGGCGGAUCGGACGCAGCUGCGCGUCGGCAAGGGCUCGCUGCCGGAGUUGGACAACGAUUUCAACGAGCGGGUGCGCGCUGUCGUUCAGAAGAGCCGGGACCAUAAGUCGAAGGGAGUGGGCAGCAUCAUCCUCCCGCAUUUGUACAUCGUGCGCGAGGACGGUGAGCCGAACCUCAAACUGUGGGCCCAGACGCUCUUGGUGGAGGACCGGGCGGAUCAGGGAAUGAGCUAUCAGCAGUGGAUGGGGACAUUGAGGGAGAAGGUCAGUAUCUGA